AUGCGUGCUUUGCGACAGUCUGCGCGUCGCGUGGUCUCUUCGCCGCGCGCUCCCACUUGGCUACUGCAGACACGUUUGCAAACAAGUGGUAAUGGCAGUGACGCUGACGGCAAGGGCGAGGGCACACGCGUGUCUGCCCCCCUGGGCAAACCGCCCAUUGUUCUGCACAGCGCUAGAAGCAAGGAUGUCGUCGACCGCAAGGUGCACGACACACUUCAGGGUGAUGGUGACAAGGCCACAACCGCGAGGCCUACGGACGGGCCGAUGCAGCCGGACUAUGGCCCUCUCCGCGCCACAGGGCUGUGGAAAGUAGAGGAGGUGGUGGAUGCACAGCAGUCAAAGGUGGACUUCCGUCGCAUUGACGAUGUGGAGAGUGAAGUCAUUGAGGCGCUGUCGCAGCCAGAUGACGCGGUGGUGCCAUACGAGGAAGAGGAGGCGUGGAAGCACAAGCUGAUGUUUGUUCAUAAAUUUAAGAAGACACCGAAGCACCUGGCGUGGCGUGAACUCGGGCAAGAGAUUGAGUGUCUAGAUUGCAUCAUUGACCUGGAUGAGCACCGACCGGAGGAGAUCUUCACCAUUUCUUUCUUCUUCACUGACAAGAAGUCCGGGUUGCGGGACCUUGUCUGGAGCGCGCGCAACGACGUGUCGUGCUCAGAGGGCCUCACGGAUCUUCUUGCGGCGGUCGGGGCGUGCCUGGGCCGUGCCAAUGUUCAUCGGACCAUACGCUUUGACGACGCGAUGGGCACGACGCGAGACAUCUCUAUUCGAAAGGUUUCACGAUACACGUCAGAUGUCACUCUUGCAUUCCGUCCUGCUGAGCGGUACAACAAGUACGAGCGCAAAUCUGAGAAGGAUGAAUAUGAACAGAGUAUGGCAGAAGAGGGAAUGAGCACCUGGGGAUUUCAUCCGGCGCUCAUGGACUCCGAGUACAACACGUUGGAUUAUCAAGAUCCACCUGGCACAUACACUGCCGUGUUCUCUGCCCACGCCUUCAGCUUCAUUUGCCUCCGCGCCAUCAAUCGGCUGUUGGCGAGGCCGAUGAAGGACUUUUACCGCCCCUCGCAGCUUAUGCGCACCGCAAAGGUUCGGAAGGAAGAUGACGUGGGAAUAGUACACGCCAUGAAGGGGUGGAUGGGAAUUGAAGAACGUGUGUACCCCCACUACACUCCGAUUGAGGCUAUUCAAGAGCACUGGCUUGGUAAGGAUGCACCUUUUAGUAUGGUUGCCAUCGUUAACAAGUUACGAGAGAUGACGUACCUGAAGCGGCAGAACCCGGAGUUUCAGUCGUGGCUGUCUAUUCGUCACCACGACACGCACAUCGCUCUGCGGAAUAUUGGACUCAAGAUGGUGGGUGUCGGAGCCAGUACGUUGUUUGUUCCGGUAACACAUAACGCAACGGUGAACCGUCUUCUUCCCAAAUCACAGCAGCGGCGACUGGAGAGCCGAUUCUCCCUUAACGCGCUCCUUGACAUGCCAGAUGAGACGCGACGUCUUAACGAGUUUAAGAAACUGACUGGCCACGAGCGCAUCACAGAGACACGGGAAGGUGACAGCAACACUAUAGGGCCUGCUGAUGGCAGAGAGAAGGAAUAA